AUGUCAUUUGCCGAUAGUUUCUGGACCUAUGACUAUCAUCUGGGUCAUGAGGUUCUCUUUGAUGUCCUUUUCGAAGGAGUGAAGGAAAACGAGGACUUCAUUCAAUUGUUUAACAGACGCAUGGAUCUGGAGCUCCAGUAUGGCCUACUGCUUGAAAAUUUGCCGGGGCAAGUGAGACCUACAAGUAAAAGACACACUGACGAUGAUUAUGUGUCAACCAUAAAGAAUGCGUUUAGCAAGAUGAACGAGAAUUUCUCUCGGCAGGGGAAGUAUCAUAUCGAAGUGGCUCAGAACAUUCAAGGAAUGGUUUUGGACCCCUUUCUGAAAUGGUGUAAAGAGCAUGAGCUGAGAGUGGCGUUUUCAGAGGCAACAAUUGCUGAAAAGUUCAAAGCUUAUAAAAGCAAGAAGACUGCUUUGGAGAAGUUGCAGAAGAAGUACUUUAACAAGUGCAGAGUGUUGGAGGAAUUCAGAUCUCGCUACACUGACGAGGAACUAGCCGAAAUCCCACAAGAGGACACUAGCUUUGACAAUAGUGCGGACAAUGAAAAUAUUAGCGAAACCGAAAAUGAGUUGAAUGAAAACACAUACACUUUUGCAGGCGCAGUAUACGAUUACAAAAAUGCAAGAAAGUUGUUGAGUGACAUCAUCAGCAACAUCGAAUUGACCUCACACAAAGUGCCGAUCUUAGGUACGUAUCAUAAUGUGUCGAGCGGGAGCGCCAUCACGCAAUGGUUAUUGGAUAACAUGCCUGAGUACAAGGGAAAUAUUGCCAAGGCUGAGUCCUUUGGACAGGAUUUGAUUGAAAACAACUUCAUCCGGUUGAUUGGCUCUAUGAAUGCAAGUAAGAGCUUCAUCAACUCUUCCCAGUUUCUUUAUCAAUGGAAACCACUUGCCUUUGAGUUCACAAAAUUGUACGAACGUGAUGGCUCAAGAGCAAAUGUUGCCGAACCUACAACAGUCCUCACUAAAACGAACCAAUUCACAAACUAUUUCGAAGAUGUGAAGCAAGCCAUCGGUGUUGCUUCUGUCGAUUUCAAUGACAAGAGUCAGUACCCUAAGCUAGUAAAGCAAGUUGAAAGUUUGGACAUUGCGUACUUUGAGUCAACAAAAGAUUUGGACAUGACAAGAUGCAAAUUCGAAGAAACCGUGAUGGACCAUUUGGCGUUCAUGCAAAAAUGUGAGCUUGACCGUUUGAGGGCGGUUAAAAAAGUCAUGUUCGACUUUUUGUCCAUUUUUUCAAAUAAAUGGGCUGCUCUCAAAGGUGUAUCGGAUGAACUCUUUGUUGUAGAAGAGACCAUACACCCUCUGAGUGAUUUGAAAUUUUUGAUUGAAAAUUAUGGCACUGGGAGAUUUGAACCCCGCGUUACAUUGUAUGACAACUACUACAAUUCCAAUAUUAAACAGACAUUUGGUGUCGACCUAAACGUUAAAGCGCGUUUGGAAAGGAAAGCAGUGCCAUCCAUAAUCCAAGCCACACUUUCCUUUUUGGACAAUGCUUAUCCUGAUUUAGAAAACGAUACUGAAAGAAUGAAUUUGUGGACAGAGCCAGUCCACUUGUCAAAAGUGCACGAGCUUCGAUUCAAAUUGAAUGAGUUGACAGAUGCUGCUGAAAUGAAGGACAUUUUGAAAAAGAGUGAACCAAAAGUUGUUACGAACGUGCUUAAACUCUAUUUCAUGGAAUUGCCCGAUUCCAUUGUGCCACAUAGUUACUUUGAUUUGAUAAUGACAUUAUACCAAAACUAUCCAGCUGAGAGCCAGGACAAAAACGUUAACAAAUCCAGACUUACAGGCUUACAAAACACUUUACUGGAAUUACCAGUGUGCAGUUUGGCUACUCUAGAUGCGAUUUUGACACAUCUCAAUCGUCUUGUUAACAUCAUCAGCUCCGCAAACGAAGAUUUGGGAUCGUCACUUCGUUUGAGACUUUGCAAAGAGUUUGGUGCAUUAGUUUUGAGGCCGAAGAGAGACAACGAAGGUGCCGAAGGCAAGAAUUUACAUUCUAACACUGUUGCUGUGGAAAUCAUCCAGCAAGAAUUUGUAACCGAUCUAUUCGCUCACAAAGACAAUAUUUUUGGUGAAUUGAGAAGAAGAAACUCCAACAAGCCGCUGAGAGCAAGUUCCGCCGCAUCCGGGACUGGGCCCAGAAACUCGGAUAAUCAGCCUCGCGUGUCGGACAGCACGACUGCAUCAAAUGGUAGCGAUGCAGCGAAAUUACGUCUAGAGACUAAACUUAAGAGAGCAGUGACGAAAGCUGCAGGAAAAAAUAACCUUUCCAGCAAAGGUGAUAAUAUGUCUGGACCAGGUUCGUCAUCAAAGACGUCGUCAUCAAAGUCGCCACCAACAACUCCAGUCAAAUCCAAAUCCGACCUUCUGAGCAAAAGUAGCGGAACUGGUCUUAAGAGAUCUAGUUCCCCAAAUAAGAAGAAAUUGAGCUCGCUUAUUGAAAAGCAAUCAAAGUCGACCGGUGCUUCUACACUGUCCCAAACAGGCAACGAUGUUGAAAAUGAGACCCAUGACAGCAUCCUGCAUGAGAACGAUAUGCCGGAUGUGGCCCGAUUAACAAUGGAAUCUCUGACCCCGAAGAAAGGAGACGAAGGGGCCAGUUCGGAAUCGUCCGAUCUUCCCCCUGUGCCACCCAAGAAGUCAAGCUCUACCAAGGAGGUUAUUGUGGUGGACUAA